CUUGCACCGUCAUCACCUUGUCGCUUCCUAGACUUUGAGCUACGACGUUCUCAUUUCUUUUGCAUAGUUUCAGAUCCAUAGGCUGCUCUGCGCUCUACCCCCUCCACUGGAUGCAAGAAUCAGACUGAGUCAACCCUUGUCAUCGCGCUUUCCUUCAAAAGCACCCUCCUUGUCCUAGACACGCCUCUCAGGCUACUUUGGAGGCCCGUUCGAAGUUCAAUAUCUGCUGACAAUCUCUGUGACUAUGGCGCUUCUCGAUCUCGAUCUCACGACCCCUGACGGCGUGCUUCAGUACCUCUCGAACACGUCUUUCGCUUCUCGAUCUGCGACGCGCCUUUCUGGCGGUACUGCUAACUUCGUCUACCGCAUCCACUUGAAUGCGCCGUACGAAAGAAAAAGCACUCUGGUACUCAAGUAUGGCCGGUCUUUCCUUGAGAUCGAGGGCCAAUGGGUACCUUUCGAUAUCGCGCGGCAGCGGUUCGAAGCCGAAGCUUUGGAAGCCAUUCGAGAAUGGGUUCCGUCUGACAGCCUCGUCACCGUGCCCACCGUUCACCUCUUCGACGACGCGAACCACGUCCUCAUCAUGGACGAUUGCGGAGAAACUUCCGUUACGCUGAAGGCACUCAUACGGGCAAGGAACAUACUUCCUCAUGUUGCUGAACACAUCGGUCGUGCUUUAGGCGAGUUCAUCGCAUUCGUGCAUAGUCGCGGGGCAGAGCAAUCGCAUGAAUUCCUGCGUUUGUUCGCCAGCAACGAGCAAGCGCUGAGCAUCUCGGCCUGGGCUACGUAUGGGCGAGCGCGAGAGACGCUGGACGGAAGCGCGGGACUAGCCGUGCUUGCAGAUCAGCCGCUUCACAUCGAGAAGGGGAAGUUGGAUAAGGUCGGCGCUGUCGCCGAAGCGGUCAUAGAGAAAUUGAAGCAUGCCGAGGAGAAGUUCGUCAUGGGCGACUUUUGGCCAGGAAACGUUCUGGUCACCUUGGAUGGUGAAGAUAUCAAGUCCAUUCAGGUGGUGGAUUGGGAGUUGGCAAAGACCGGCAUUCCUGAGCUGGACAUUGGACAGUUCCUCGCCGAGUUUUACUUGAUCUGCCGCUUCGACACGGAUGCGAGGGUUGCUGCUGCUGAGACCGCGCGUGCAUUCUGGCAUGCGUACCGGAACAUGCACGCGAUUGAUCGGCGGGCAGUGACAAAACACUGUGGCGUGCACUUGAUCGCGUGGACGCCCCGCGUUCCGUGGGGAGGGAAGGAGACGACAAGGGGGGUAGUCAUGGAGGGCGUGGAGAUGAUGUGCAGGGAAGACGUAGAUGUGUCAGAUCCGACCAAGCUUUUCCUGCCCGAGUCCCUCAGCUACCCCGUCCGCAUCGUCUCCCUCGACGCCGAUGUCGGCAACGUCACCCGCGGCGACCGCCUCCUCACCUACUCCUUCGCCUACCUCCCCGCGAACCCGUCCCCGGACGCCCAGCCCGAGACGCGCUUCGGCACGUGGGACUGCCCCGUCGAUGGCGAGCUCACUGCCUGGAACGUCAAGCCCGGCGAGGUCAUCUCGCGUCCGAAGGCGCGCGACCGCCCAGCGGUUCUGGUGACGGAGGAGUGCACGCACGGGGAGCAGAUUGCCGGCAUGUGUGCGCUCUGUGGCAAAGACAUGACCAACGUGGAUUACCUAGGAGUAUCAGACACCUCACGAGCGUCGAUCCAAAUGACCCACUCCAAGAAUGGACCAACAGUAUCCCGAGAAGUGGCCGAGCGCAUCGAACGAGAAGCAAACGAAGCCCUGCUCAAGGCGCGCCGUCUCAAACUCAUCGUUGACCUCGAUCAAACCAUAGUGCAUGCUACCGUCGAUCCGACUGUGGGGGAGUGGAUCGCCGAGGGCCAGGCUUGGGAGGCUAAGCGCGCGCGUCUUGAGGAGAAAGCGGCUGCCCGUGCAGCAGCAGAGGAAUCCGGAGAGGACAUCGACGACUCAGAUCCAGAGGAAGAGCUGGAAGAAUGCAACCCUAACUGGGACGCCCUCAAAGACGUCAAGAAGUUCCGGCUCGGCCCUGAGCUCCUUGCGCCCACGAACAUGAGGGGACGGCAUAUAGCCCUGGACGAAGGCUGCGUGUACUACAUCAAGCCAAGACCAGGGUGGCAGGAGUUUAUGAACAACAUGUCGGCAAAGUACGAGAUGCACGUCUACACGAUGGGCACGCGAGCGUACGCGAUGGCGGUCUGCAAUGUCCUCGAUCCGGAUGGGCGUCUGUUUGGCGAGAGGAUACUCAGUCGAGACGAGAGCGGAAGCCUAACACAGAAGAGUCUCGACCGACUCUUCCCCACCGAUCAAUCUAUGGUGGUCAUCAUCGACGACCGAGCCGACGUCUGGUCCGGGGGCUUGCAGUUCUGGAGCCCCAAUCUCAUCAAAGUCGUACCUUACGACUUCUUUGUUGGCAUUGGCGAUAUCAACUCUUCCUUCUUGCCAAAGAUACCACCCCUCAUGCCACAAGCAACACCACCAGGCAAAGCGCCUCGCGAUAAACCUCCAAUCCCGACACCCGGCAAGCCGGAGGAAAACCUGAAGGAUGCCGACGUCGAACUUCGUGCCCAGACAUUAGAGGCGCAAAUGGAGGAGCGUCCUCUGGCGAAGAAACAGGAAGCCUUGCAGGAGCAUGAAGAGGCUGCCGAAGGCGGGGACGCAGCUGCAUCUGACGAUGAGCACUCGUCGACGUCGUCAAAGUCGGGCAAGAAGAUCCCACCUUUGCUCACUAACAACGAUCAUGAGCUCGUCCGUGUUGGCAAGCUCCUCGACGAAGUGCACACGCGCUUCUUCAUCGAAUACGAUGCACGCAAACCCGCGUCGCCGAAGAAGCGCAAGCUGGGCAGUCAAGAGCCCGAGCGCCACAACGUUCCCUACGACGUCAAGCGCAUCAUUCCGUCCAUCCGCGCCUCCGUAUUCCAAGGCUGCCACAUCUGCUUCUCCAGCGUCAUUCCCCUCGACAUUCAGCCCGAAUCGCACGAGUGCUGGCGCAUCGCCAACAUGUUUGGCGCGCGCUGUCACGCCACACUCGCGCCCGAGGUCACGCACGUUGUCGCCGGGAAGCAGGGCACGGCGAAGGUCGACGAGGCAAGGCGGCGCGGAAAUAUCAAGGUGGUGACACCGAUGUGGUUCAAGGACUCGGUGAAUAUGUGGCAGAGGCAACCGGAGUCCAGAUAUUUGCUGGACCCGACACCGACAUCGCAGGGCGCCACGCCACCGGAUACGGAUAUGGAGGCGUUGGGGGAUACGCCGGAGAGCGAUGAGGAGUUGUUGGUGACGGGCGAGGGCGUUCAGCUCGAGCUUAAUGAUGUUGACUGGGCCGAUAUGGAUGCGGAGAUCGCCCAGGAACUGGGGGAUGAUGAUGACCUAGACGAUGGCGAAGAAGAUGAAGAGUUCUCAGACGAGACGAAUAGCGAGAUAACGAGUGCCACACCAUCGCCUGUCCGAGGCCAGAAGCGCUCACGAAGCGUGACACCGUCUGAGGUAGGCGCCGACGGUCCUCGCUCUUCUCCGCUUGCCAAGCGAAAGAAGCUUGCAGCCGACCGCGUAGGGGAAUCUCCCUUGAAGGCAGGCAUCACUGCCGGCGACCUCACCGUCGCGGAAGCGAAGGUGGCGUCCGGGUCAAGAUCGAAGGCGGGCUCGAGAGCAGCGACGCCCGUGAGGCGAGUCAACGGCUCGCGAGCAUCGACGCCGCGUCCGCGGCCCUCGAGGCCAGGGUCUGUCGCGGGCGACACCGAUAGUGCGAUGGACAGCGAGGACGAUGGCGGGAGUCAGAAUGCGGAGGUGGACGACGACUUCUUGCAUUCGUUCGAGGACGAGCUGGAGGCCGAGCUGGACUUGGGCGCGGAGGUAGAGGCGGGCUAGGACUUACAUAUACACAGUAUGACAGUACGGUCCGCCUUGGAGUAUACGAGUUCCAGGUUGGACUCACGAUACAGUGACGAAGGACGUACACACACUCAUGUAGCAUUCGGCCCGCUUUGGAUUUUUCUGCUCACGUAUUCUGUUGUACAUGCAUGUCUUCUCCUCUGUUUGCCGGUGUACUGGGGUGGUGCAGCUAGAUAGUAGGAAUACAUAAUACGCUUCUCAUAUCCUUUUUGCAG